AUGGACAAGCUACUGCGGUAUUCGGAGUACUUCGCGCACUUCAAGUCCCUCGACUUCAAAGAAGACGGAAACUUCCAUAUCGAGAUGAAUCCGGAUCGCGUCCCUUGUAGUUACUGCGAGAAAUGGCUCCCUUCGGCGAAUGCUCUGCGGGAGCACGACAAGAUACACAAGCUCGAGGCCGAGCACCAGGAAAAGACGUACAAGAUCCGGAAGUAA